GGUGACCUCCUCGGCAAGAAAAUAUCAAUUUUUAUAUAUUGAGAGAUUUGCAAAACAAAAAAAACACAAGAACUCAAAAUCAAAAGAUGAAGAGAAUGGAACGCGAAGAGGAAUGUUUGAAACAAGAAUUAGAGGAAUUGCAAAAACAACUCGGGAAGAAGCUAAAGUUCGAGGAAGCUGUCUCCUCCCUCAACUCUCUCCUCCAAGAUCGCUAUCCCUCUGCCUCUCCCUCUCUCCACAGAUUGUUUUAUACUGUUAUAUGCCGAGUUGCAACUGUGUUAAAGACUCGGUACACGGCACCCGGGUUUUGGCUCGCCGGAUUGGGGCUUUUUGAAAAGGCUGUAUGUUUAGUUUCUGAUACUUCUGAGAAAGAAUAUUUGAAGACUUGCAUUUUGCAAGCUAAGGAGCAUUUGCAUCAACUAGACAAUCCUAACGAGGCUCCACAAUCGUCCAAUCGAGGGUAUCUAUUUGAGGGGCAUCUUACUGUGGAUCCAGAGCCACCGCAGCCUAAUUGGCUGGUGCAUACGAACCUCUUGACGACUGCUGCUACGCUCAUUGCAGCCGAAUCCUCUUCUCAAGGCCGCGCGGAAAAUGAUGAUAAUAACAACACGUCGGAGAAUGCUGCUGGGCUACUUCAGGAUCUCAUGAGCAGGCUCGAUGAUGUUUUGCCACUGGUGAUCCCGGAUGAUGAUGUUAUACCCUCAAGAGCCCCACCUGCCAGUAAAGAAGUAGUUGCAAAGCUUCCGGUUGUUAUUCUUACAGAGGAAAUUCUUGUGAAGCUUGGAACAGAUGCAGAGUGUGCGAUUUGCAGGGAGAACUUGGUUGUGGGGGACAAGAUGCAAGAAUUGCCUUGCAAGCACACCUUCCACCCUCCUUGUCUAAAGCCAUGGCUGGAUGAGCACAAUUCUUGUCCAAUUUGUCGCCAUGAGUUGCUAACUGAUGAUCAUGCCUAUGAGAGCCGGAAGGAGCGGGAAAAGGAGGCUGAAGAAGAGAGGAAAGGUGCUGCAAAUGCCAUUCGUGGUGGUGAAUACAUGUACGUUUAAAGUAGCUUCACUUUUCACCUUAAAAGACUUGUCAAUAAGUGUGAUUACUGUACUUAUAGACAUGAUUUAUUGAUUGUUGGAACAGUUGAGGUUACAGAAAGAAAUUUUAGCUUCUUGUUUUGUA